GUGUACACUUCAGCUGCGUUCCGAAAUUCACUUCCAGUACUGAAAAUCUAUAGUUCAUGUCACAUAUACUAUAGAAUUUCAGUACUGGCAGUGAAUUUCGAAACGCAGCCUUCUUGAACUAGUGUAAGAAGUUCAUCUGGAAAGAACAAACCUCUCAAGUUCAGUUCAAUACAAUUCUAGUGCAGAUGAGCAAUGGCGUAGGGCCACUUAAGUCAAGGUGCGCUCAGCCAAUAAUUGAAGUCUGAAGUCUGAAGUCAGUUCUAGUGUAGUUUUCGUGCUUCGAAAAAGAACAAACCAACCUUUGAAUAAACCGUGUACACGUAUGCUCAGCCAUAUAUUGAAACUGAAACCGUGUACACGUGUUCGUAUUACUCUCUCUCUUUUUAUGUAUUAAAUUUCUUUACAUAAAUUUUAAUAUUUAGAAAUAAAGUUAAAGUAUAUCACAAUGGUUGUGAGAGGUAAAAAGAAGUAUCAGACUGGUGAGGGGGCACAGUUUAUAACAAGAAGAGCUGCUCUUAGGAAAUUGCAAUUAACAUUAAAUGAUUUCCGUAAAGUAUGCAUUUUAAAAGGCAUAUAUCCAAGGGAACCACGCAACCGUAAAAGGGCACAGAAGGGUGAACCUGGCAUUAAAACUUUAUAUCAUAAAAAAGAUAUUCAAUUUUUGAUGCAUGAACCGAUCAUAUUGAAACUAAGAGAUUACAAAAUAUUUAACAGAAAAAUUGGAAGAGCAAAAGCAAUGAACGAUUUUGCUAAAGUGAAAAGAUAUUUAAAUAACCAUCCUACAUUAAAGUUGGAUCAUAUAGUUAAAGAACGUUAUCCAACAUUUAUAGAUGCUUUACGGGAUUUAGAUGACUGUCUAACUCUUUGCUUUUUAUUCAGUACAUUUCCAUCAUUACCUCACAUACCAAGAGAUCAAUCAUCAUUAUGUAGAAGAUUAACAAUUGAAUUUCUCCAUGCUGUAAUUGCAGCUAAAGCAUUACGUAAAGUAUUUGUAUCCAUCAAAGGAUACUAUUACCAAGCAGAAUUAAAAGGGCAAACUAUAACAUGGAUAGUGCCACAUCACUUUUGUUUUGAACCUCAAGCAAAGAAUGAAGUCGAUUUCAAAGUCAUGUCUACAUUUGUAGAAUUUUAUAUUGUAAUGCUUGGUUUUGUGAAUUACAGAUUAUAUCACAGUCUGAAUUUAUAUUAUCCUCCUAAAUUUAUAAAUAGUGGAAAUAUAGAGAAAACACUGAUUGAUGAAGGAGCAUUUGUAUCAGAAAGAAUAAGUGCAUUGAAUAUACCAUUAAUAAGUUUAGAUCCUUCAAUACAGGCUGUUGAAGAUGAAGAAACUGAGAUUGAUAAUUUCUCAAAUGAAACAGACUCCACUAAGAUAGAAGCUGCUAGAAUGGAAGUUGAGAAAAUACGAAAAUUGAAAACUUUGUUCAAAGGAAAGAAAAUUUUUAUAAAUAGAGAAGUACCUAGAGAACCGUUAGUAUUUAUUAUACGUUGCUUCGGAGGAGAGGUAUCUUGGGAUAAAUUACUUUUUAUUGGUUCUACUUUUGAUGAAAAAGAUGAAACGAUAACUCAUCAGAUUGUAGAUAGAUCGCAAAUGGAUAAACAAUACAUGUCAAGAUAUUACGUACAACCGCAGUGGAUUUUCGACAGUGUGAACGCGAGAGAGUUAUUGCCUGUAGAAAAAUAUUUAAUGGGUGUUAUUCUUCCUCCUCAUCUCUCACCAUUUACAGAUACACAACAAGAUCAGACUUAUAUUCCUCCAGAAGAACGUGCUCUUAUAGAUCCUGAUUAUAAAUUAAAUGAUUUGAAAGCAGAUUUACGGAAAGAAACAGAAAAUAAUGAUGAUGAGGAGAGUAAAGAUGAAGAAGAAAAAAUUGAUAAUGACGACCUAAAUAUAGAAAGUAACGAGGAAACUGAAGAAGAGGAAGUUGAUAAUAAUACACAGAUCCCUGCUGAAAAAGAGAAGACACAAACCCGAUUACAAAAGAAGAAGGCCAUGAAGGUAAAAGUUGGUGAAGUCACCAAAAAAAAUCAAUGGGAGGAGGUCCAACGACAGAAGCAGGAAUAUCGUCUUAGGGAGAAAAUGAUAAAAAAUAAACAUAGAAAUCUAUACAGAAGUAUGAUGAAGGGUCGAGAGGAGAGACGUAAAGCAAUCUGGCUUUUGCGGAAGAAGAGGCGUAUUUAUGAUACUGACAAAAAGGAAGAAACGAAAAAAUAACGGAAUUAAGAAAAAAAGAGUAACCUGUUAAAUAAAAUGAUCAUUUAGACGCAAAAUAAAGUAUAUUUUGUAUUAAA